AUGCGGCUGCUACCAGUCUUACUCUCCCUGUCCCUCCUGGUGGGCGCUGCGGCGGCCAGGAAGACGACGACGCAUCUCAACUUCUACUUGCAUGACAUCGUGACGGCGGUGCCGUCGAGACCAGAGACGGCGGUGCGCGUCGCCAGGGGCGUGACGCCGCUGCCCGUCGACCCCACCAAACGCUUCGGCGACAUGUACGUCAUCGACGACCCUCUGACGGAGGGACCCGACGCGGCGUCCCCAGCCGUCGGCACAGCGCAGGGGUUCUACAUCCUCGCGUCGCGGACCGACAUUGCGCUGCUGUUCACCGUCAACCUGGUGUUCACGGCUGGGCCGCACAAGGGCAGCACCAUCGCUGUGCACGGAAGGGACGCCGUCUUCGACCCCGUUAGGGAGCUGCCGGUCGUUGGCGGAACCGGCGUGUUCCGCGGAGCCACGGGGUACGGCCUUUUCCAGACAUACUAUUCCGUAGAUAACGCCACCUUCAACGCGGUGCUCCAAGUCGACAUGUACGUGAGCGCGCGUUCACGGUUAUCUGUUAAUUCCUCCACUAUUGCGUUCAUGAAUAAAAUGAAAAAAUUGUGGUUCUUAAACGUUGAUUAG